AUGCUCUGGGGAAGCAAAGCAGCGCAGGCCUCCGAGCCCGACCUCGCGCGCACCGAGUCCGCAAAGAACGACCCCUCGGCCUCCGCCUCCCAAGCCUCCGGCACCGCAUGGCUGGCCGGACACUUGCACCACCUGACCCCCGAGCAAGAGGAGAAGCUGUCGGAGUUCAAGACGCUUUGUGCCGAGCGCAAAUACUACACUCCUGCUGUGGAACAGGCUGAGGGCGUCGAGGGCAAGACUGCUAGCCAUGACGAUGCUACUAUGCUGCGGUUUUUGCGUGCUCGCAAGUUCGACGUUGAGGGUGCUUGGGGUCAAUUCAAGGACACGGAGGAUUGGCGCAAAGACAAUUCCAUUGACGCGCUGUAUGAGAAUAUCGGCGUAGACUCUUACGAGGCUGCACGACGGAUGUACCCCCAGUGGACUGGCCGUCGCGAUCGCCGUGGAAUUCCCGUCUACGUCUUUGAGAUCCGCCACCUGGACAACAAGGCUGUCGCUGCUUACAACUCUACCAUGACUACCGGUACGCCGGAGACACACAAGUCGUCUACUGUCCCGGCGCGCUUGUUGAAUCUCUUCGCCUUGUAUGAGAAUCUUCUUCGCUUUGUGAUGCCGCUUUGUUCGGCGUUGCAGCGGCCGAAUCCUGAGACGCCUAUUGUUACUUCUACCAAUAUUGUUGACGUCAGUGGUGUUGGAUUGAAGCAGUUCUGGAAUCUGAAGAGUCAUAUGCAGGAUGCUAGUGUUUUGGCUACGGCGCAUUACCCCGAGACUUUGGAUCGGAUUUUCAUUAUUGGUGCUCCGUCUUUCUUCCCCACCGUCUGGAGCUGGAUCAAGCGCUGGUUCGAUCCUGGUACCACCUCCAAGAUCUUCAUUUUGUCUGCUGCGGAGGUUCAGCCUACCCUUACUUCAUUCAUGGAACCAUCCAGCAUCCCUAAGCAGUAUGGUGGUGAACUAGACUGGACCUGGGGCGAGAUGCCCAACCUAGACGAGCCCGCUCGUGAGCUGCUCCAGGGCCUGGAGCAGGACCAAGUUGAGGGUGAAAAGAGAAAGGAUAUCCUGAAGGGACCCAUUCUGUUCGAGGGUGAUCACUUGGAGGUGUUGGGCACAGUCGAUGGAAAGGACCGCAGAGAUACGGUCCCCGUCCCAAAGUCGCAUGUGUCCUCGCAGCCGGAGGCAAAGACCGACGUCGCCACUGAAGCCAAGACCGAAGACGAAAAGGCUGUCGAUAAUGUGGCGGUCAAGGUUAAUCAGUUGUCCGUUGACGAGACUCAAGCUGUUGCUGUAUAG